AAAGGACAUUCCCCAGAAGGGAGCUGGACAGUCCUCGACCCCGUGCUAAGUAAAGGACAGCCAGCCACGCCACUUGCUUUUGCCUAAAAUAAAUCCCCCCAAGCCCCAGGAGAUCCGUUUGCAGUUGAACUGAUUUUCCAGCAUGGACAUCAAGGAAUAUUUUGCCAGAAUUUCUUACCGAGGCUCCCAUGAUAAACCAGACCUGGAAACCCUGACGGAAAUAUUCCAGCACCACAUCCGAGCAGUUCCUUUUGAGAACCUCAGCAUUCACUGUGGGGAAAGCAUCGAGCUGGAUCUAGCAGCCACUUACAACAAGAUAGUGAGGAAGAAACGUGGGGGCUGGUGCAUGGAGAACAACCACCUCUUAUCUUGGGCCCUGAAAACCCUAGGGUACAACGUCGCCCUUCUGGGAGCAAAAGUUUAUGUCCCAGAGCAUGAUGCGUAUGCUGAUGACAUUGAUCAUCUGCUGCUAAAAGUGGUGCUUCAUGACAAAUCCUACAUUGUGGAUGGUGGUUUUGGGAUGGCCUACCAGCUAUGGCAGCCGAUGGAGCUGAUUUCAGGGAAGGACCAGCCUCAGACACCCGGCAUCUUCCGCUUCCUAGAAGAGAAUGGGACCUGGUACCUUGAGAAGGUGAAAAGGAAGCAGUAUGUUCCCAACCACAGCAACACUGCUCCUCAUAACGUGGACAAAGAAGUUUGCCGUCGAGUUUAUCUCUUCACCCUCCAGCCACUAGACAUCGAGGAGUUUAGAGCCAGAAAUCUGCACCUGCAGACUGCCCCAGACUCACUUUUUGUUACAAAGUCCAUCUGCAGCCUGCAGACAGCUGAUGGAGUCCGGGCACUCGUUGGGUGGAAACUUACUGAGAUAAAGUACAAUUAUAAGGAUAACAUGGAUCUGGUGGAAAUCAGAAUUCUUGCAGAUGAAGAAAUGGAAAAAACAUUGAAGGAGAAAUUCAAUAUAAUAUUAGAUAAGAAAUUUGUACCCAUCAAUACAAGCAGGCUGUCUCUGUUUUAACUCACUGCCUGUAUGCUAGCAUUACUUCAAUAUGCUAGCAUUACUUGCAAUUCUCCCCCUCUUCCUGACAAGAAUCUAAAGGUUAAUCUUUCUCUUUCCAUUUACCCCAGCAUAAGGCGGAACAGAUUAGCAUGAAUCGGGAAAAGCAAUUGAUUUUCACAACUGUUCCUGCAUCUCUCCUUGGUCUGGGUACAAAUAAUUUCUUCCUCACUCAAUCAAAUCACUCCCCUUCUGUUUGUGCUUAGCUGGCAACAGAUGCUGCCCGUUCCCUGCUCCAUUCAUCUCUUAAAAGCUUUUCCCUCUAACCCAGAGCAGCAGGGCAGGGAGAUGGAACAGUGUGUCCCUUUCCUUAUUACUUAGCUCUACCACCUGGAGAAAAUCACACCCACAUCUUACAUUAAUGCCAUACUAUUUUUUGAAAUGUAAUAGACAGAAAAAUAAAGACAUCCAAUGCCAUUUGCUACAAUAAGCCUGUCCUUUGUGCUCCUGCACCCCUCACACUUUCUCACACAGCAUUUCUAACACUCACCGCAGGGGCUAUUUGUGGCUUAAAACUGGUGAUGAGAAAUAUUAGGAGACAAUUCUGCCUUUUUUCAGACUUCUGUACCCUCAGCAACAUAACCAAAGCUUUCAAACUGAAAGCACCUCCUGUGGACUGUGAGCACCCAGGAGAGGACUGCUGGAAAUGCACCCUCCUCACACAAGACUGUCACUUCUAUAACAAAUAUUACUGCUUGUCAGUUAGUUUUUCCAAAAUGUAUGUAUUUGACUGCUUGUAAUGAUUCUAAUUAUAUUGAUAGAAGAAGAAAUGAUGAAUCUUAAUCAGAUACCUAAAGGCUAAGGUUUUUACAUGAGAAAUUACAAAAACGUAAUCACUUUGCCCUAUGAGAUGAUGCUUGAUGUCCCUUUAUGUACAAAUCACAAAGCAUUACAACUAUGCAUUUACAAUUAAUAAUGUAAGUCAAUUACAAUUAAAUAAAAAACAACAAGAACUGUGAAGUA